AUGGAAUAUCGUUCAACUUUAAGGGUUCUUCAAGAUAUUGCAAUCAAGUGGGAUCAAAGUUUAUUGGCGGUAUUCAGGUCAGCCUUGGUGGUAUCUAGUGUGAAAUUGCACUUCUCCCCAGUCCCCAUUGAGGUUCUACUUUUGGGCGACUUCAAUGGAAGUCUCAAAUGGGCAUAUGCAGUGAAGAACAACUUCCCUUCAUCUUCCAAAUUCAAAUGGGUGAUUGAGAAAGUUUCUGAAUUGAACCAGGAAGAUCAUUUCUCGCCUACAUUCACCGUAGGUCGUCGUAAAUGGAGAUUGCUAGCUUUUCGUAGGGGAAGCAAUGCGGAUGAUUACUUAUCAGUCUAUGUGGUUGCUGUCGACUGUACGAACUCCCGAUAUGCAAAAUUCAGUUUGGCUCUUGUUGGUCAAACCAAUAACACACUAAAAAAAGAUACAGAAGGACAGAUUCUCCAAUUCACAAAAGAGGAAAAUGAUUGGGGUUUUGAUGAGUUUAUACGGUUCAAUGAACUUUCCGAUCCUAUUAAUGGGUACAUUGUUAAUGAUGCUUGCAUCAUUGAAGUCGAAUUGUGUUCGUUUCCAAAACAAGAUUCUAUCGAGGAGUCGGUGCCCAUGGAACUCAUGGAAUCCGGCCAUUCUGGUACGAAGUCUCCACAUGAGAAAACCAAGAAGAGAAAGGAGCUGGAGGAGGACAAUUCUUCAUCUGUUCUAAGAAAGCGGCCGUCUAUUGAUAGAACUAAGAAGAAAGAAGGGGAACAAGUUAUAGAAAGUGGCGAGGAAGCAACCCAACAUGGAAAACAAGUUAUAGAAAAGUGGCAGGGAGCAGUCCAAAGUUAUAGUAAAAGGAAAAGAGCUGCAGCAGAAGGAAUAAAUGCUGCAGGAAGUGGAAAAGUCUUAGAUGGAAAAAGAGUUGCAGAAAAUGGCAAGGAGAAUAAGAAUAAUAUUGUAGAUGGGUGCCCAUCAUCAGAAAAAAGUAACUUCGAGAACCAACCUGCCAAAAAAGCAAAAAUGACUCUAAAGAAAAAAGCUUCUAAAGCAAAUGAAGGGGAAACAAGAGUGGUAAUACUAAUAUCACCGUAAAUGAAAGUCAAGAAACCUUUUAGAGCAGCUUUCACUCCCCUAUGGUCACUGAUAAAGAGAAUUUAUAAAAAAGAAAAGUUGAGUUUCAGUAAACAACAGUUGGAAAUGAUACAGGAUUCUCCGUUUGGGAAUAUUUUUAUGGCAUUCCAUGAAGCUAGAGAAACUGACGGAAAUCCUUGCAAAACCCAUUCUAGAAGUCACUGGUCCAAGUCGGCAGAUGCUUGCAACAAAAUGCUAAAAUGAUCUGGUUUGCUGAACAUAUUAAGAGCGGCAUUGAGAAGACGCCGAUAGUCGAGGGACUUCCUAGACUUGCUAGGUGGAACCUCCAUGAUAUUUCCUCUGCCAUAGAGACAGAUUUCAUGGGUCUUACGGAUUUUGAGAUAUCUGAGAGUUUCUGUCAAGCAUACUCGGAAGCAGAAAAACAAAUACUGAAUAUCUUGAGAACGCAGCUACAAGAACAGGAUCAACUACUGUGUGAAGCAGAACAAGGUCAGCCUCAACAAAAUGAUGUUGUUGAGCAGGAAGUUCAGGACGAGGUACAAACGAAGGUUCAAAGAGAUGACUGAGUAACAGAUGUGGGUCACAACUACCACUCAUAUUGGAAGGAAAAUGAGGGAGAAUGUCAAUAAAGAAUUAUUUUUUGAAGUAUUAUAUAUACGUUCCCCCCUUUUUUGUGUCUAAACAUGUUUAGGAAUUGCCUUGUCGCAGCAUACAAGUGCAAAAAGGUCUCAGCCUGAUACAUUGGGUGUGGGGUCUUCUAGUGAGGAUACUGAAGAUGUGGAGAUCCCAAAUGUUGACGAUGCUCUGCAAAAUCUUGACACCUCAACCACCAGCGGUGACAUGGGUUUGAAUGAGAAGGAUAUUGUGAAUCCUGCGAAGGGGGAUGCAUUCAUUCCUCCCGUUCAUUGUUCAGCCAACCCACCUGUUGCUACGAGUGUUGCGUCCUUGCCUGAGGGUGAUGCCACAAGGGUUAUAGAAGAGACUACUGCUCCCACUACUCCUUUUGUGAAUUCCAGCAUUCUUGAUUCUGAAGCAAGUGACGGGCUCCACUCAACCAUAGGUUGCGCUCCUCCCCCAUGUUUAGCUGACAUGGAGUCCUACGUUCGUGAAUAUGAUAACGAGUCAGCCUUGUCUUCCCAUGCUAAGUUUGUGGAGCACUUCAUAAGUUAUACCUGUUUUACCACACCGAAUCCAAGUAUCGUGCAGACGCUGCGCUGGCUAAACAAAUCGAAGCCACUAAUGGUAAGUGUUUCUAGACUGCUCACUCUGUUUUGUGGGUUGAUGAAGUCAUGCUUCUGGUGGUCAUCGGGGGUACACCUCCAUCAUUUUUCCUGUAACGCGAAGUCAACCAGUCCAAACAAUCCUUGCUUUCGCUAAGAACAGGAUCACUCAAUUUGUGCGAGCCCUUGUGCAGCAAAACUCAAUCCAAACUGUAUGUCAGUACGUACAAACAUUCCCAAGAACUUGUGUCCCAGUUAGUGGAUCUUAGAAGAUGUUUUAAUGGCAAUGCUAUGGCUACUAUUUAUACGCUUAGGGCCAGUCUAGAAAAGCCAAUACACUAUGGUAAAGAAUACUACCGCUGCCCCUGACAUCCUCAGGGCGGAAAAGUCUAAGCUUGGCACAGAAAAAUGAAUCAUUUAAAAUUCAAGAACCUUCAAGCAUUAUGUAUGAGGUUUGGUGAGGACUAUCGAUCCCUGCACACCGAGCAUGGGUCCAGCGAAACUUAUGGAGAAUUGCUCAGUAUAUUACACAUAGAGCCUUCAAGGAUGACUUCAGUGUUCAAGAGCAGCUGACCUCCCCGAUCACCCGCAUUCAAGAGCUUGAAAGUUUGAACCAAGAUAAAGCCCGACAACAGGCGGAUUUGCAGCUUCAACUGGAAGGUAUCCGAGAACAGCUGGCCGUUGCGAAUGCCCAUAUUCAAGAGGUUGAAAGUUUGAACCAGGCUCAAGCCCUACAACAUGCGGAUGUGCAGUUUCAGCUGGAAGGUAAUGUCGAGAGUCUGAAAUCGCAGCUCAAGCGGGCCAAGCAAUAUUACGGUAAGUGGGCGAAGGAUCAAGUAAACCAAGCCUUUGACCUAGCUGAAUCUUCAGGGAUGAUGAAGCCAGGUGAAAAGUUCAAACGUUAUUGAUGAUGAUACCUCACUUAUUCAUGGAUACCUUUAUGAUUCCUUAUUGAGAUUCUCGUGCAAAGUACUGUCUUUUUGUUAACCGCCAUCCACAAUCGCACACAAAUGCUGGGAAUGUUGGCUGGGAUUGAAAGAUAGGAAUCACAAAUUUUGAGUAAACGUCGAUCAAUCAAGUUGCAUGAGCUUCCGCCUCCCCCCCUUGUACGCCUAGGCGUAAUCUCUUCCAGUUUCUUUUUUCCUUUUCAUUGUCGAUCUAAACUUUUCACUUCAAAAGAAAAGGGACAAAAAAGAAUUUUGCUUACUUAUCAUUCUCGGUUUAUGUUGUUGAAUGUAAGAAUUUGCAGUUUGUGAAGAUGAAACUAUUAACCAAAACACGUUAAUAAAAGGUACAAAUUAACAUCUA